UUCCCGCUACUCCAAAAACUUGAUCAGUUUCAAUUAAUUUCAAACCCUCACAUAAACGCGCACACACACACACACAUAGAUACAGUAAUAACAAUAAAUCCACUUUACAGAUGAAUCAGAAUUAGGGUUCUGCAAACAAGAAAACAAUGAGUGGAACUUGUAAUGAAUCAACAACACAACAACCAUUUUCCAAAACAAUAUGUUCCAUCUGUUAUGAAGAUCUUAAACCCAUUGUUGAAGAUCUUCAAGCCAUCUCUAUUUGUGGUCAUGUUUUCCAUGAGCUCUGCAUACAACAGUGGUUUGAAUACUGCUCAAAAGGGAAGAAGAAAUGUCCUAUAUGUAACCAAACAUGUUCAGCAUCCCAUGUGGGCCGGCUUUAUUUUCAGUCAGUUGGUGACACUAAUGACCCUAAGCCCUCCCUAAAACUUCGAACUCACAAAGAUCCAGAGGAACUACAGUUGGAAUGCAGUAGACUGGAGGGGAAGGUUACAGUGCUCAAUUCUGCUUUGAAAAUUCGAGAAAAUGAUUUAAAAAACAUUGGCGACGAGCUCUCUGCAUGCAAGGAGCAGUUGAAGAGAGAAGAAGCACAUAAAAAUAAAGCUUUGGAAGAAAACCACAGAAUUAUUCGCUCACUAGACUUCAAAGAACAGGAACUUAAUAAAUCAGAUCUGGAGUGCAUUAAGUUGAAGGAGAGGAGUAUGGCUUUAGCUAAAGAACUUGCCGAAGUCAAGCUGGCCUUAGAUCAUAAUUUGGACAUGGAUGAAAUUGUAAAAUAUGCUUCUUUGGCCACGCAAACUCAUACCAGAGACAAUAUGAAUGUUCUGGAAAAAUCCUUGAUGAGCCGCAACCAGCAGUAUAAAAUGCUAAUGGCCAAGUACAGCAUAUUGUCAAGUGAAAAGGAUCUUUCCUGUCAAAAUCUUAGAGAAGCUGAAGUGGAGAUAAAAAAGUUAAAGUCAAUAAUCAAAGAAAUGGAUAAAGCUAAUGAAGAUAAUGACAAUGAAUAUUUGAGAUCCCUGAAAGCUUCAAAGAAAUCAAAAGGCUCUUCAAGAAUACGGAAUGAAGCACUCCCUACUUUUACCCAUACAUGUACAUCACAGGAUACAAUAAAGGAAUCUGAUGAUCAUUCUCGAAAUGCCAAGCGGUCAAGAGGGUUGGAGAAUGAGAGUAAUAAAAAAGAUGGUGCUGGCUCUUACAUUAUAAUAGAUGAUGAUGCACCUGAAGUUUCAGUUUCACCUGAAUAUGAUUCAAUAUCCCAGCCUGCUAAAAGGGCAACAUUUGAUGCUUCCUACUCAUCAAAACCAACACAUGAAACAAGUAAACAAAAUGGUGUUCCUUUGCCUCUUCAUGAGAUCGGACAACCUAACCUCAUGCCCAAUAUCACAAAUGAAGCUUCUUUGCCAGCUUAUAAUUCUCUAGAAGUUGGAGAGUUUUGUUUCUCUGCUGGACUAAUCGGUCCGGAUGGAAGAAGAAGGGCCCUGGGAAAAUGGUGCAAAAAGGGUCAGAAUAAAGGAUUAAAUUCAUCUUCACUACCAAGUCAAGUAUCGGGUGAUCUUAUCUCUGUAGGAGCUGAUGGGAGAGGUGGUACAAUUAAAGUUCUCAAAUCCCAGAAUCAGGCCUCAUUUGACUCCAAUGGAUCGUCAUUUCCUGCUAAAAAUUUGAAGUUCAGUGCCAAAACAAAUAGCUUGCAGUCCCGUGGAUGCUUGCAGAUCAAUCACUUUUUCAGUAAAGUAGAUCAAUAGCGAGUAUGCUUCUGUGUUACAUGUAGAUUUGUUCUAAUUGUGAAAGGCAAAUCAACGAGGUAUUACAUGAUUGAUGAUAUGAUUAAUAUCAUUUUGACCUACAGAGGUUUUUUUGGUUGAGGUUGCAAUUUUAUCCCCUUGCCAGCUUCUCAUUUUGAAUAGCUUAUAGCAGUAUGGU